AUGAAUCGUGCCUAUCCUGUCCCUGUAAUGGUGCAAGAUAUAAUUGCCGUGAUGCGGUUUGGUUCUGGCUUGCAUUCCAUUGAGCGCUACGUAAGGGAGGCUCCGAGCGGCCAACAGAUCCUUCACAGUCCAGUAAGACGAAUUUAUCCCGAGGAUGACACAGUUUUCGGAGAUUACGAGAGAGAAGAGCCACUGAUGAAUGUGAUGGCUGAAGCGUUGCAACGGCACUUUGCUGGAAUUGAUUUCAGAGAACGAAAUGCGGGACAUCAGAUAGACGAACAUAUGAGGGACGAAGGCUGGCAAUCGAGGCGAGAGCCAGCGACUCCAAGGGACGGAGCGGCGGUUGAAAUACAAGCACUGGCUUACAGUGUGCUGAAUGCGAUGUCUGAAUGGGCUAACGCUGGUGUCAUAAACAAGAAUGGUGAUGAAUCCUGGGCUUGGUCAGAGUGGGCAGAAAAGAUCAAGAGUAAUUUCGAGCAGCAGUUCUUUAUUGACGAGAAUCAUGAUGGCCAAUUUGUGAAUCAAAGGAAUAUACUGAAGGACACUGUUGGCUCGACUCUCGAAUUCACGGAUUAUCAGCUCAGAUGCAAUUUCGUCGUCGCCCUUGCUACGGCCCCAACGUUGAUUGAUCCUCACAAGGCCUGGCUUGCUCUUGACAUGGCAAAGGAACAUCUUCUGGGACCGCUAGGAAUGAAAACCUUGGACCCAAGCGAUUGGGCGUACAAUGGCGAUUAUAACAACAAUGACGACGGUGUAAACAAGAAAACAGCCAAGGGAUGGAAUUAUCAUCAAGGACCGGUAAGUGUUCGGCUAAUUUUAAUGCUACCA